AUGUCCGAACAAUUGCAGUUAUACUCUGGAGCCAUCUGCACAGCCAUCCCUGCUCCCAUCAAAGCUUGUCUUGUGGAUGUUUCACAUAUCCGUCAGAUCCCAGAUAACCAGGAAGUGUUCCUUAUUGAGGACCACAGAAAAAACCCCAAGUUCGACAAAUCCCUCAUCUUUGACUUGCUAGAGAGCGUUCCGGCAAAGUCGUAUACAGAGGCCAUAGCUACCCAUAUAGAAGAACUUGUAGAGCCUAAUGAAUCGGCUACCAAUUGGUUUAUUGAAAAUUUGACCAGAGACAAUUUUCAGCAGGAAGUAAACUUCAGCUUCAUAGAACACGCCAACUCUCGUAAAGAUGCCGCAGAGCCAGAUUCGCCUGUAGCUGUAUUCACAUUCAUCGCUUUUAUCCGUUUGGAUAGAGUUGAAACCGAUGUGUUAAUCACUUUGAAUGUGCCGCUUGCUGAACAAAUCGACCCUCAGCAAUUUUUGAAGUACUUGGGAUCGCUGGGGGAAGUCGUGGAAGCCUACGAAGACUUAAAGAAACAGUAUUUGGUGUUCAGGGACAUAGGAUAUAAUUACUUUGUGGAGGACUGGGGCUUGUUCGGGAUGUGA